UGAUUUUGUUGGGAAGCAAAGAAAGAAAGAAAGCAAGAAACAAUGGGUGUAAUCCCAAGAUGGCUUGAAUCUUUACUGUCCACAACAUUUUUCAAUGCUUGUCCUUCACAUAAAGAAGCUCCAAGAAGUGAAUGCAAUAUGUUUUGCCUUGAUUGUUGCCAUCCCUCUUUUUGCUUCUACUGUCGAUCCAUCAAACAUAAUGAUCAUCAUGUCAUUCAGAUACGAAGAUCUUCAUAUCACGAUGUGGUGAGAGUGACCGAAAUAGAGAAGGUUUUAGAUAUAAGUGAAGUUCAAACUUACGUGAUAAACAGUGCAAGAGUUUUGUUUCUAAAUGAGAGGCCUCAACCGAAGAGUUCCGCCAGUAAAGGAGGCUCUCAUACGUGUGAAAUUUGUACUAGAAGUCUCUUGGAUCCAUUUCGAUUUUGCUCUCUUGGUUGCAAGGUCAUUGGAAUAAAGAUGAAUGACGAUUCGACGUUUUACUCGAGAGGAAAGAAUAAUGAGGAAGUAUUGGAAAGAAGGGAAAGAAUAGGAAGAAGAUUGGCAUCAAAGGAAGAAGAAGAAGAGGAGGAGGAAGAAGAAGAAGAAUUGCGUGUAGGGAGAAACCAAAUAUACCAAAAUCACACGCAUCCUUCACAUUCUAAUUCAAGGAGGAGAAAAGGCAUCCCUCAAAGAGCACCUUUUUAAUUAACGUAAUUAUUUUCAUUUCUUUUCAUUAAUUACAUUCCAACCUUUUUCUUUAAAUUAUUUUUUAAUGUAAUAAAUAAUUGUAAUAAUAAUUCAUUGCAGUGCACAUGUUCUCCACAUGUAAUUAUUAAUUGAUCUCACCAUACACAAUUAUUAUUUAACAAACCCUAGAUUGGGGUUUUUUUUUUCUGUUGUAACUCUGA